GCCCGGUAGGACCGCGCGCUGAAGCCCGCUCCGCGUCCCCGCCGCCGGAGGAGGUGCCCGCACGCUCGCGGCGCGCCGCCCCACACGCUCGGCCUGUGGGCGAUUUCCUCCGGACCCAGGCUCCCGGGCCGAGGAGGAAGAAGAUGCAGACCUUCCUGAAAGGGAAGAGAGUUGGCUACUGGCUGAGCGAGAAGAAAGUCAAGAAGCUCAAUUUCCAGGCCUUCGCGGAGCUGUGCAGGAAGCGAGGGAUCGAGGUCGUGCAGCUGAACCUGAGCCGGCCAAUUGAGGAGCAGGGCCCCCUGGACGUCAUCAUCCACAAGCUGACCGAUGUCAUCCUCGAGGCUGACCAGAAUGACAGCCAGUCCCUGGAAUUGGUGCACAGGUUCCAAGAGUACAUCGAUGCUCACCCUGAGACCAUCGUCCUGGACCCCCUCCCCGCCAUCAGGACCCUGUUAGACCGCUCCAAGUCCUACGAGCUCAUCCGCAAGAUCGAGGCCUAUAUGAAAGAUGACAGGAUCUGCUCACCACCCUUCAUGGAGCUCACGAGCCUGUGUGGGGAUGACACCAUGAGGCUGCUGGAGCAGAACGGCCUGGCCUUCCCCUUCAUUUGCAAAACCAGAGUGGCUCAUGGCACCAACUCUCAUGAGAUGGCCAUUGUGUUUAACCAAGAGGGCCUGAGUGCCAUCCAACCUCCCUGUGUGGUCCAGAAUUUCAUCAACCACAAUGCUGUGCUGUACAAGGUGUUUGUGGUGGGCGAGUCCUACACAGUGGUCCAGAGACCCUCACUCAAGAACUUCUCAGCGGGCACCUCAGGCUCCUCCCCAGGACCAUCUCUCAUGCCCCCUGUCUGGACUGGCUCUGGUCGGAGCAGCGGGAGGACUGUCGGGCACACCGGGGUGGCCAGGGGCCUCUGUGCCCCGCUAGCGGGAAGGAUGCCAGAUCGUGAAUCCAUCUUCUUCAACAGCCACAAUGUGUCAAAGCCGGAGUCUUCAUCAGUCCUCACUGAGCUGGACAAGAUUGAGGGCGUGUUCGAACGGCCAAGUGACGAGGUUAUCCGGGAGCUGUCCCGGGCUCUGCGGCAGGCGCUGGGAGUGUCACUGUUUGGAAUCGACAUCAUCAUUAACAACCAGACGGGGCAGCACGCAGUCAUAGAUGUCAAUGCCUUCCCAGGCUAUGAGGGAGUGAGUGAGUUCUUUACCGACCUCCUGAACCACAUUGCCACAGUCCUGCAAGGCCAGAGCACAGGAGGAGCUGCCACAGAGGAAGUGGCCCCACUAAGGCACAACAGGCUCCUGGCGGAACCGGCAGGCAGCCUGGCUGGUGAGCGGACGUGCAGUGCCAGCCCUGGCUGCUGCAGCAGCAUGAAGGGCCAGGACACACCCUGGAAGACUGAGGCCGAAGCGGGCAACAUGGGCGCUGGUGGUUCCGCCAAGCUGCCGCACCAGAGACUUGGCUGCACCACCGGCGUGUCACCCAGCUUCCAGCAGCACUGUGUGGCCUCUCUGGCCACCAAGGCCUCCUCACAGUAGCCACAGAGCCCAGGACCCAGAGGGGCGGAGCAGAGCGUGGAGCACACCCACUGGGCCAGCAGCUCCAAAUGGGAACACUACUAAGAAUCCCUGGUGAUCUGAUGCUUCUCUGUUUUAAUUUUUUACCUGAUUUUCUGAUGUUAGGAUCGGAAUGAGGGGGGGAGACAGAGCAGAACACCAAGUGGUCCAGCCGGGAGGACGCCGCCUAAACUCCUGCUGUGCAGAUCUCCUCACUGAGUUUACACACGCUUGUGUUCUCAACACUAGGUCUGAAUGCGAGGUGGGGUGUGCGCGUGCGUGCGUGUGUGGGUGUGUGCGUGCGUGCGUGUGUGUGUGUGGGAGUGUGUGGUCGUCAUGCAAGUGUGAGUGUGCCUAUCUGUCUGUCUUCAUGGCUGUUGUGGGCCAGGCUCUGGGCGCUCUGGAAGGAAGCCCCUAUCUGGCCAGGCUGUUGCAGCGGAGCAGGCGAAGGAUGGACGAACGGUUUUCCCAGGUCCCUCCUCUUCACUCCUGCCCACACCCAGACCUCCCCCUUUCUCUUUUCCCAGACGUGCUCUCCUCCAAAGCUAAAACCCUUGCCCCGUGCAGCUGACCCUUGCUUUCCAAAGCCAGGGAAGCAGUGGCCCCGCCCUCGGGAGCUCUGCAUGGGGGAUCUGAGUCAUAGGAAGGGAAAAGAAGCUUCCUGUGGGUGUAGCCAAGUUGCUCGUCCUCACUGGCUCACGGAAUCCACCAGGCCACUCUCCUCUCCACCCUGACCCCACUGCUCACUGAGAUCCAGGAAGGAGGCCAUCUGGCUAGGAGGCCAGGAGGCUGCCGAGACCCAGGAUUUACUCUGGGACCUUGAACAGAUCAUUCCAUGAGUCUUCAGGGUGGUUCCCGAAACAGAACUGAAGGCCUGACCUAGUGUUCUUGCCCACGAGGAUACCUGCUUCCUCGUGUUCUCAUCCAGGUCCCUCUUUUCAGGUGAGAGAAAACCACCCAUUUCACACGUGCCAGCCGCUCCUGGUACAGCAAGGCUCAGCACAGCCCUGCUGUGUUCACAGCAAGUCCCUUGCACCGAGCGCUAGGCAAGCCUCCAAGGGAGGUGUCCCCUCCUUCAGGCUCACUCUGUCCCCACAGCAGCUGGCAGAGCACCCACUGGCACCAAAGCCCACAGGAAAGGGCACCUGUGGAGCCCCAGAUAAGCAGCCCAGGACCCCCAAAGGUGAUCUUAUGUCUUAAGAUAUCAGCUCACUGUGCAGAGAAUGAGGCCUUUGGAUUGUCCUUGGGUCUAAUAAGAUGGUGUACACUAGAGGAAGCAGCAGCAGCCCUGGGAAGGCCACUCAGGGCUGUGCUGGGGCAGCCUUUGGGCAAAGAGAAGCUGAUUGGCUGUCUUGGAAGCAGAACCCCAGGACUAACCGCGUUUACAGGAUCUGAGUGUUGAACUGAUGAUAUCUGUACGUCACCUUCCCAGGCCUGACCCUGAAUUCAGGGGGUGGGAAGUGUGGCCACCUCUUGCACUGCUUUGUCUCCGGAAUAAACUACUGAGCUCAAACUGCAUGUCA